CUUGGAAGCUUGUUGAACUUGUUCCUCCUGUCUGCCUGCUCCCUGACAGCAUCAUGAAGGUCUCUGGAGCUGUUCUGUACCUGGUCCUCAUCAUUGCUGCCCUCUGCUGUCAGGUUCAUGCCUCACCCGAUGGUCUAGACACCCCAACUACUUGCUGCUUUGAGUUCACGAGUAGAAAGAUCCCUCCGAAGUUCGUGGUGAGCUAUGAGAUCACUAGCAGCAGGUGUGCCAAGGAAGGAGUGAUCUUUGUGACCAGACGUAACCUCCAGAUCUGUGCCAACCCAAAUGAACAGUGGGUCCAGAACAUCAAGAAUGACCUGGACAAGAAGAAUGCCAAGACCCAGAGCCCAUGAAGCCUCCUGCUACUUCCUCCUGGCCUGACCAGAAGCCAAAGCAGGGAUGAAGAAUAAUUUAUUCCCCUCCACACUCCCAGAGCUGCUCUCUACAAUAUUUUGUCAUAAUUUAAAUGUUUAGUAUUAUUUAAAUUAUUAAUGU